AUGAGCGGUAUUUCAAGUACCUUGCAGUGCGACCCAGUAGAAAUACCAUUCCCCUCUUAUGCUGGUGCACUGUUGGACAUUGCAGGACAGAUUGUAUGCACCGAACAGUGGCUGCAAUGCCUAUUUAUGCUCGUUAUUUUCCUGUCAUAUCUCUAGCACUUUUUAUGUCAGCAUCUAUUUUAGUCGACUUUUCUCGUCUUUACAAAGUUUCUCAUUUGGAAGAGGCGACUUUAAGAGCUCACUAGAGCGGUUUCCUUCGCUUGAAGCGAAAGCUGCUUGUAAAGCGGCUGGUGUGCUUAAUGACUAAGCAUGAAUAUUUUUGUUUUUUCUCUCCCUGUUGAAUUGAAAUAACCGUUAAUAUGGAUGUAUAACAAAAUCCUGGACCAAUUUCGUCAUCUUCAAGAUCCAAAUAGAUGCGGCCUUAUCGUGGAUGCCGGAGUGGAAGAACGGUCAGGGCGCGUGAAGCAACGAAGGUUUUUAAUAUUCAACCCGCCAUGACACCUCGUUGUCACCAAUUUUCAUUUCACUCAGGACGGAAUGACAAUGAUCUUGCUCGUAUUCCGCUGAUAUCAAAUCGGCCAUGCUGUAGUCCACCACUACGUUUCGGUGUUUGGAAUGCUCGCUCACUGAAAACCAAAGUAUCGUCGCUACGUGAUCUUAUGUUGUCUUGUAGUCUUGACCUUCUAUCUGUAACUGAAUCGUGGCUUACCUCAAACGAUAGUAUUACCAUUGCCGACCUCACGAAUUCACUUGAAGAUUACGCUUUUCAUCACUUGCCAAGUUCCACUCGCAGAGGAGGUGGACUUGCUGUUAUCGCACGCAAAGGGCUUCAUGUUUCGCGAAAUGAAGGCUGUAUUUUUUCUUCGUUCGAACAUUUUGAUUCAACUAUCACCUCUGGCAACAAGGUUUUUCGCCUUCUGAAAGUACAUCUACCUCCACCGUCCAAGAAAAAUGGCUUUACAGUAGAAAGGUUUUUCUCAGAAUUCUCUGCGUUAUCAGAAGAGUUGACUGUUACUUUCUGUCAAUUCCUUCUUUGUGGUGAUUUCAACUUUUACGUCGAUAUCGACUCAAAUGCAAACGCCAAACAAUUCUCUGACCUUUUUCUUCGGCUGAUAUGUCAUCCUCUGUGCGAGCUCAUUGGGAACACACCUUGGAACUGGUCGCAGAGCUGUGAAAAAGCCGUUUGUGCUGUGAAAUGCGCCCUUACGUCGGCGGCAGCUGUAUUGGCGUACUUGACCCUCAGUUUCCUGUGGAAUUGUGGGUUGACGCCUCUCCAUAUGGUUUGGGUGCCGUUAUUAUACUCGUUUAUCUCAAUGGAAACCGCCGCCUGA